AUGUUUUCACGCUCCCUCCUUCCUCUCUGCGUUUAUCUCGCCCUCGUCGUCGUCGUCGUCGACGCCCAUGACCCCCUCCUCGUCUCCCAUAAGCGCCUCGUCAGGAAGCGUUCGCCCCUUCCCGACAUCGCUGCUAUUCUCCCUCUCCCCCCCGUCGCUGCUGCUGGUUCCAUCCCCACCGCAUCUUCCUCAGCCUCUGUGAGCGCCUCCGCCACCUCAGCUUCCUCUACGAGCUCUUCUGUCUCCUCCGUCUCAUCGGCGAGCUCCACCUCCUCGGGCGCGUCCAGUGUCUCCUCUGCAUCGUCUACAGACUCUGUGUCCGCAUCGUCUACUGGAUCUCUCUCAGUGUCCAGUGCUUCCCAGACUUCAUCGUCGUCUACUUCCUCAUCUGUAACCGCCGCUCCUGCUCAGACUUCAGAUACCCUCAAUCUGACCGGAGAGCCGUUUGUAAGCACUGUGGGUGGAAACACCGUCACAAAGACCCAUUCCGUCGAUGCUGCCAGUGCCUCUGAAUCUCCCGCACCGUCUCCUUUGUCCGGUGUCGCAAAGACGAAAAGUACAACCCUUACCGUUCUCAUCGCCGUUGCUGCCUCUGUCGGCGGGAUUGCCAUCCUCUGGACCAUCUUCCGCAAAUGGAAGCUCUCCAGUUCCAAAAAGUUCGAUCAGCGCCUCAAUCCUAUCGACUGGCAGCCCACCACUGGAGACGACGACAUCAUCUCCAGACAUCGCCGCUCCCCCUCGGGUGCGUCCUCUCUUCGUUCAGGAAGCGGUCACGGUCACAACAACUCGGCUGGUCGCGGCGCUGCCGGUUUCGCCCCUCUGGAACACGACUUUACCGCUGGACCUGCGACCACUGCUCCAGUCGGCGGCUACGCAGACCUUUCGCGCGGAGGAAGCCCUAACAUGUCGGAAAAUAUCUCCCGGGGACCUAGCUUCAACCGCGGUUAUAACCACGCAGGGUACGGAACAAACGAGACCUAUAGGUAUUAA